GCUCGGACCAGGCCCAGCCAAUGAGCGGAAAGUCAUUUCUGAACGUUUGCCUGGUUUUUCCGCUCAUCCACGCUCGUAUGAAGCCAUCUUGAUACUUGACUGCAAAACACGGCAUCGGCGACCAAUUGUCCCGCCACACCCCGACCAAAUCCCUUUUCUUCCGAAGCUGAGCACCAGUCUCACUUUGCUCACAAGAUGUUCGCGGCGAGGUGUCUGCGCUCGACCUCGACGCGAGCCUUUUCGAGAAAUGGCGCCGUCAACACAUUGAAGCGUUCCAUCUCAUCAAGCUCCGGUUCAGCAGCCGAAGCUUCCCCCGUCCGGCUCAACAUCGCCGCGGCAGCGUCAACAGCUGUUGCCAUUGGCUCAAUCGCAUGGUACUACCACUUGUACGGGCCUACGGCAAACGCAGGCUCGCCGGCUGAGGAGGGUCUCCAUCCAACAAAGUACCCAUGGGUUCACGAGCAAUGGUUCAAGACCUUUGACCACCAAGCACUCCGCCGUGGUUUCCAGGUCUACCGAGAAGUUUGCGCGUCUUGCCACUCCCUCAGCCGAGUUCCUUACCGCACACUUGUCGGCAGCGUCUUGACCGUUGACGAGGCCAAGGCUCUUGCCGAGGAGAACGAGUACGACACUGAGCCCAACGACCAGGGAGAGAUCGAGAAGCGCCCUGGAAAGCUCUCCGACUACCUUCCCUCGCCCUACCCCAACGAUGAAGCCGCCCGGUUCGCCAACAACGGUGCCCUGCCCCCGGAUUUGUCGCUCAUCGUCAAGGCCCGCCACGGUGGCUGCGACUACAUCUUCUCCCUGCUGACCGGUUACCCUGAGGAGCCUCCCGCGGGUGCCCAGGUUGGUGCCGGCCUCAACUUCAACCCCUACUUCCCCGGUACCGGCAUUGCCAUGGCUCGUGUUCUCUACGACGAUCUUGUCGAGUACGAGGACGAGACCCCCGCCACAACCUCGCAGAUGGCCAAGGACGUCGUCGAGUUCCUCAACUGGGCUGCCGAGCCCGAGAUGGACGACCGCAAGCGCAUGGGAUUCAAGGUUCUCGUUGCCACUAGCGUCCUCACCGCCAUGAGCAUCUGGGUCAAGCGCUACAAGUGGGCCGCCCUCAAGUCGAGGAAGGUUGUCUACGACCCGCCCAAGGUCAGCUCCAAGCCUCAAAGGUUGUAAGACUAUAAUUUGAGGUGGGUGUGAAGACUUUAUAGAGUUGAUCGAGAGCAGGGUGGGAGGAGUUAGACAGGAAAAUAGGAGGGAAGAGGUUUUCCCAAAAAGUCAGUGAGGCGGCACCCUGCCUCGACCAAAAACCACCGAGGCUUUGCCUAUACUGCUGCUUUCACUUGUCUCUUGUAUGUUAUAUGGGCUCGCGUCUGCUCUUCUGCCGAGUUAACGGGAAGCGCAGGUCGGGUUGUCCACAUGGUGGUGUAGAGUGUAUCAAGUUCCCCUUUUGUUGAAUCUCUGGAUUUUCUGCGAAUACAUUAGUAGAUCUCUAGGUGCUUAGAAUCUUGUUGCUUUGUCUG